AAGUACUUAAACUUCAACUCAACAUUGUGGAGUCUGUCGAAAACCGUUUACUUGUGUACAAAGGAGUUAACCUCACUCAUCAUACUCUCAGGCGUCGUCUACUUCGCCUUCGCCAUAGCAGGUCACGCUUUGUUCGGUUACAAUUUUGAAGAAUUCUCCACAAUUACUUACUCUUGUGCAUCCAUGAUCCGUGUGAUCCUUGGCGACAUGGAUUUCCAGCUUUUCAAAACCGGGAUGAAUUUUUUCGGGAUGAUAUUCAUCCUUCUCUUCGAAUCGCUCAUGUUCUUCGUCUUCAUGGCCGUCUUUCUAGCGAUCAUUCUCUAUGCCUACUCACAAGUCAGUGUGCUUCACCAGAAGCAGAAGUUUGAGAUGCAGAUGCUUGAAUAUACGUACAGGGUUGGCGUUUAA